UCUCUCAUCAGCUUCUCCUAUUUUAGUGCGAGAAAACAACACACCACUCUCAAUCAAUUCGAAUCUGCAUUUCCCCCAAAUCGUAAGCACAAUCUCCUCCUUGAAUUCAAGAUGUUCAGGAACCAGUACGAUACCGACGUCACGACGUGGUCGCCGGCGGGGCGGCUGUUCCAGGUCGAGUACGCGAUGGAGGCCGUGAAGCAGGGCUCGGCGGCGAUAGGGCUGAGAUCCAAGACUCACGUCGUGCUCGCCAGCGUCAACAAGGCCAGCUCCGAGCUCUCCUCGCACCAGAAGAAGAUCUUCAAGGUCGACGACCACAUCGGCGUCGCCAUCGCCGGACUCACCGCCGACGGCAGGGUUCUCUCGCGCUACAUGCGUAACGAGUGUAUUAAUUACUCCUACACCUACGAGUCGCCGCUCCCCGUUGGCCGCCUCGUUGUGCAGCUCGCCGACAAGGCUCAGGUUUGCACCCAGCGCUCUUGGAAGCGACCAUAUGGCGUUGGCUUGCUGGUUGGUGGUCUUGAUGAAUCUGGAGCUCAUCUAUACUACAACUGUCCAAGUGGAAAUUACUUUGAGUAUCAAGCAUUUGCAAUUGGAUCUCGGUCACAGGCUGCCAAGACAUACCUAGAACGGAAGUUUGAGAGCUUCAUGGACUCAUCGCGGGAAGAUCUGAUCAAGGAUGCUCUUUUUGCAUUGAGGGAGACCUUACAAGGAGAAAAAAUGACUAGCUCAAUCUGCACAAUCUCCAUACUGGGUGCUGGGGAGGCGUUCCACGUGUUGGAUCAGGAAACUGUGCAAAGACUGAUCAAUGAAUUCGAGGUAGUUGGCGAAGAACCCCCUGCUGACGAGGCUGCUGCACCAGAUGCCGAAGCUGCUGCUCCAGGUGCUGCUGAAGGAGCUGCCCCUGACCAAGGCGCAGCUCCAAUGGAUAUCUGAUACUGCCAAAAUCUACUCUGCUCACGUUUCUCGCUGUAGGAAACGAGCAUCAUGUUCGUGUUUCUGAAACUUUACACCUUGAACAGAUAUUACUGGCUGGAUUGUGAUUCUUCAGUGCGACUAUUUAAGUUUAUCCUUUGCUUUUUUGUAUUUGUA